CUUAAAUCUCUGCCCUGCAGAAUGAACAACAUGGGGACCCUGUUACUGCUGAGCCUGCUCUCUCUCUGUGGCACUGCAGUGAGGGCUGAAGAAGGGGCUUCUACUGAUGGCAAGUUUCCUGAAUUCUGUGGCGAUCGAGAAUGUCCAAAAUUUCAUCUGGUGCAGCAAUAUGAUUCUUUUGAGCUCCGAGCUUAUGAAGGAACCCAGUGGGUCACAACAGAACUGGAUGAUGGAUUCCUAGGCUUUGGUAUGGUCACAAGCUUCAGGCGCUUAUUUAAUUAUAUCUCUGGCAAGAACUCCCAAGGAAUAAAGAUUGAAAUGACUGUGCCGGUACUCAUGCAAUACCCAUCAAAAGACACAGGCCGCAAUGCUACUAUGUCCUUCUUCUUGUCACCUUCCCUGGUGAAUCCUCCUCAACCAUUGGACCCCGCUGUUUAUCUUGAAAACUCUCCCCCAUUAUCUGUAUAUGUCUUGUCCUUCGGAGGCUAUGCAUUGGACUAUGACUAUAAGAAGAAAGCCAAAGCACUUGCAGAAAAGCUGGGAAACCAGGGACUGUCUUUCGAUGAUUCCGUCCGCACAACUGCAGGCUACAAUGAUCCAUUUACGCUGCUUAAUCGGCACAAUGAAGUCUGGUACAAAGCAAAGUGAAACACAGAAAAAUAGUUCUGAACAGUACUAAUGUGUAUGCAACCUAUAGAGACUCAUGUAUUGCCAAGGCUUACACAGUGCUAUGAUGAGGAAUGCUGCUUGGCAUUUUGCUUUUAUCUGAAUUUCCCUCUGUUGCUCCUUAUUAAGAGCCUUAUAACCUGUCAAACCAAAUAAAAACGUAGUUCUAGCU